UUCCAUUUCGAGUUCUCCAAGCUCCUUUUAAAAGGGAGCAGAUUCCAGCUGCUUCAGACGGAGCUGCAUCUUCCGGAGCUUUUGGUCCUGCUCUGACAUCCCUCAUCCUCACAGGAAAGAUGAAGGUCUUUGCAGCUGUUCUGGCUCUUUUCCUCCUUGCAACCUCCUUCUCCCAAACUUUCUCUGGCCCAGUUGGGCCUGACCUCCCCAUCUGCUGUUUCAAGUUCACUCGCCACGAGCUGCCCCGGGACCGAAUCCUGCGUCACUACAGCACCAGAACCAGCUGCCCCCAGCCAGGCAUUGUGUUCGUCACAAGGAGGGGCCACCAGGUCUGUGCCAAUCCCAGUGACACCUGGGUCCAGAGGUACCUGCAGAGCUUGGAGCAGAACUGAGCCAGGCAGGAUGGCAAGUGGAGCUGCUGUCCUGCACAAAUCACCUCAUCCCGAGCCCCGGCCAUGGAGCAGGGACAACGGGAGCUGCAGGAGCCCACGGCAUCUGCAGGUGUCUCCAAGGGACUGCUGGAAGGGCUCCCCAGGACACCUCGUGUUGUUGGGGUUGCUGCUGCUCACCCUGAGCUUCCACAGACUGGGCUGUGACCUCAUCCCUCUGCCCUGACCCUCCACUGGUGGCCUGGCGAGGCCCAGGGGGCUGCACCUUUGUUAUGUUAUUUGAAAUUGUAUUAUUAUUUGUUGUGUUGAAGUUACAGUAAAUUAUUUAUGAAACUAUCAUAUGGGGUAGGCAGUGC